AUGAGGGCCAGAUUUGACAAAAAGAGAGCUUCUGGGUGCUCCUUGAGCUUGCUUUCCGGAUCAGACACGGUCAAACUUGUAGUCGGGCCAGGGCGGAAGCAUUUCUUCAUCCCGAGGAAGCUUCUCGCCUCGUGUCACUAUUUCCGCGAGCAGAUCGACAAUGCUCGACUGGACUUCGCCGACGGCCAGGCAAACCUCGUCAUCCGGCUUGAGGGCCAAUGUCCGGACAUGUUCGAGCUGUUCUCGUACUGGCUGAAUGAGCGAAAGGGUUUCGACAGAUACAUUGACGAAGCCGAAGUGGCAGGAUGCUGCGAGGAACUGCACUGGGAUCUCGUCAACCUGCACCUGUUCGCGGCGCAGAUCGACCUAAAAGCUCUUCAAGACCUCGCUAUGGACGCCAUACAAGACGUCUACCUUCGACGUAACUGGGAUGUCAAUCCAAAGCUCGUCAACUAUGUUUACACUGAUUGUGGGCCUGAGGAAAGCUACCGUCUCCGCAAAUGGAUCGUCGCCAUGAUAGCCUGGACGCUUGGUGGCGUCGACACCGACGGCAUAGCAGACAAGAUCAGCCUCCUGUUGAGAGAAUGCCCCGGCCUCAAGGGAGAAUAUAGAGAACACUUGAAGAAGAUGGCCGCAAGUCGACUUGAAACCAACUUCAAGAACCCACAACUUCGAUUGCCUUCCAACAAUCUCAGGAACGAAGAACGCCAGUUCGGCUUCCGCCAAUGUUCCUUCCAUACCCACAGCUACUGGGAAAUCAACCUGUUAUGGCGCCCCGAAGUCUUUGUGACACGGCAUCCUGCCCCAUGGGCGUGCGAACGGCGAGCCGACAAGCGCAAGUCCCGAGAACUACUCAUCAACGACUUCGGUUCCCAGUGGGCCAGACUGAAAGAAGCUCGCGAACGCAACGAAGCGGCCAUACGGCUCCGAUGCGAGAAAGAAAAGCCUGCGGCAAUGGAACCAUUUGAAUCAGAGCACAAGGCGGCGCAUGGUCCACUCUGCGAGAUGACGGCAUGCCGCCUCCGGCGCCUGCUCUUCCAAUUGAAGUCAGCACUCUACAGUCUUGCGUGGCUGGACAAGCAACGGGAGGCUGAACUCGACCGGCCCCACGGCGAGUACGAGGCCAAGCUAGACACGUUACUGCGGGAGAUGGACAACACCAUCGGCGUCAAUGAAGAGUUCGAGAAGUGCCGAUGGCGCGUCUCUUGCGAGAACAUUGCUUGCGCGCGGUAUGUGGAGGUUCUUGCACAGCUACGGCGGGAGAGGCCGAGGCAGCAGGAAGAGGACCUUGAUGGUCGGAUGCAUGGCGAUGCUCAACUUUGA